AUGUCGUACUACAUACUUGAUUCAAAGUCUUUCAUGACCCUGGAACAUAUUUUCUUUGAAAGUUUUAACCCUGAGAAAAUAAACAAAGAACAGCUUCAUGAACAGUUUGGUUCUCUGUCAGCGUUAUCUAUCAAAACAGACAAACAUGGAUACACAACGGCUGCUGAGUCCUCUCCCCCGAACAGACAGUUCAUUAAUGAACCACGGGUCAUCACAGAUAUAAAUACUGAGUUUGGAAAUGGUUUACGCCAUGUGUCCUGUCAGAUUGAUGACGAGAUUUGGGCGUGUGGUGAUGACAAAAUGAUGAGACUCUACAACUUGCAAGGCAAACUAGUGAAGGCAGUUCAAACCAAGUCAGGGAACAAUCCACGGGACAUAGCAGUGGCAAGGAGUGGGGAUCUAGUUUAUACAGAUAAAGAUGAUAGAACUGUAAACAUAAUAAAGAAUACACAGAUACAGACAGUGAUCAGACUACAGGGAUGGAGACCUUUCGGUGUCUGUAGUACCUCCUCUGGUGACCUCCUGGUUGUCGUUAUCAGUGAUAAUAAUAAACAAACAAAAGUUGUGCGUUACUUUGGCUCCAUUGAGAAACAAAGUAUUCAAUACAAUGACAAAGGACAGCCUCUCUAUUCAACAAGUACCCCAAAAUACAUCUGUGAAAACAGAAACCUAGAUAUAUGUGUGUCAGACUAUUGGGCCUAUGCAGUAGUGGUGGUCAACCAGGCCGGGAAACUUCGCUUUACCUACACUGGUAAUAGCUCUAGUGCUACCAUGCGAUUUCCACGCGACAUCACUACAGACAACCAAAGUCGGAUCCUAAUAGCAGACAGCAACAACUGCAUCCACAUCCUGGACCAGGACGGCCAGUUCAUCCGCUACAUUGACAACUGCCAAUUACAGAUUCCGUGGGGUUUAUGUGUGGACUCUAGGGACAACCUCUUUGUGGCCGAGUUAUACACAAAACACAAAGUGGUGUUGUUUGAAAAACGGGGAUCUACUACGAAAUGUCAAAAACACUCUUCAAAAAUAUGUGAACUUUACUGUGAACAAUGCAACAUUCCUAUUUGUGUACAGUGUGUUUCUUCUAAAGAAUACAAAUGUCAUGGAUUUAUUGACAUUGUGGAAAAACUAAAGAACCAAAAAGAAAUCAUACUCAAAGAUUUACAAGGCCCUGAGAAGUUCAUUUAUCCUAAAUAUUUCGAGAUUGCUGCUAUUAUCCCAAGACAGAGAGCUGAUCUGAAUAAAAACUCUCAGAAUUUAAAAAAAGCUAUUGACAAACAUGGAGAAGACUUGCAUCGAGAAAUAGACACCAUGAUCAAGAAACUAAAAUCAGAUCUUGAUGAAAUGGACUCCAAAUAUCUGGCUGCACUAAAUAAGGAGGAAGGUGAAAUCACAGCCAUCAUUUCUGAAAUCAAACAGAUCAUUGCUGAUCUGAAGAAGUUACUAAACUCAAGUGAUGUCAGUCUCGUCUCUGCCUACAAAUACAGAAAUGUUGAUUUCAGAAGAUUGCCUCCUAAACUCAUAGUUACCUUACCAAGUUUUAAUCCUGCGAAAAUGAACAAGGAACAGCUUUAUCAACAGUUUGGUUCUUUUUCGGCAUUGUCUAUUACAAUAGAAGAACUUUUAUUUUCUUCCAGAUACUUAUUCAAAAUUCAAUUAAGGUGUUUCAGCAUGGACCCCAAGGGUAAUUGGGCCCAAGAUGUGUUACGGUGCCAUCUGUGUGAGACUCCGGUCCCUCCUUUGUACUGUGACAUUUGUCACAUACAUCUGUGUAAAGCCUGUGUGGGGGAGCACCUCUCAGACGAAUCCACAGAACACAAAGUGGUGCCAUUUAAAAAGCGGGGUUCAACUACGAAAUGUCAAAACCAUUCCUCAAAAAUAUGUGAACUUUUCUGUAAACAAUGCGACAUUCCUAUUUGUGUAAAGUGUGUUUCUUCUAAAGAACACAAAGGUCAUGAAUUUAUUGACGUGGUGGAAACACUAGAAAACCAAAAAGAAAUCAUACUGAGAGAUUUACAAGAACUAGAGAAAUCCAUCUACCCUAAAUAUGAGGAGAUUGCAUCUAUUAUCCCAGUUAUGAAAGCUGAUCUGAAUGAAAACUCCAAGAAACUGACAAAAGCUAUUGAGAAACAUGAAGAGGACUUGCGCAGAGAAAUAGACACCAUGAUCAACAAACUGAAAUCAGAUCUUGAUCAAAUGGACUCCAAAUAUCUGACUGUACUAAAUAAACAGGAAAAUGAAAUCACCCGCACUAUUUUUGAAAUCAAACAGAGUAUUGCUGAUCUGAAGAAGUUACUAAACUCAAAUGAUGUCAGUCACAUCUCUGCCUAUAACUCCAGGAAUGAUGAAUUGAGAAGAUUGCCUCCUAAACUCACAGCUACCUUACCAAAAUUUACCCCUGAGAAAAUAAACAAAGAACAGCUUUAUCAACAGUUUGGUUGUCUGUCAGCAUUAUCUAUCAAAACAGAAGAACAUGACUACACAAUGGAUUCUCCUGAUGCCGAGUCCUCUCCCCCAGACAGACUGCUCAUUGAUGUACCACGGGUCAUCACAACGAUAAAAACAGCGUUUAUACGUGGUAAUCGAUUAUACAGUGUGUCAUGUCAGAAUGAUGGAGAAAUUUGGACAUGUGGUAAAGACAAUAUUAUGAGACUCUACAACCUUCAGGGCGAACUAGUGAAGUCAGUCCAAACAAAGUCGGGGAACAGGCCAGAGGACAUUGCAGUGACAAGGAGUGGGGAUCUAGUUUAUUCUGAUGACAGAGAUAGAACUUUAAACAUAAUAAAGAAUACACAGAUACAGACAGUGAUCAGACUACAUGGGUGGAGACCUCUACGUUUCUGUUGUACCUCCUCUGGUGACCUCCUGGUUGUCGUAAACAGUAAUAAUGAUAAACAAACAAAAGUUGUACGUUACAUUGGCUCCACAGAGAAACAAAGUAUUCAAUACAAUGACAAAGGACAACCUCUCUAUUCAACAGGUAUCCCUAAAUUCAUCUGUGAAAACAGAAACCUAGAUAUCUGUGUUACAGAUUAUGACACCCGUUCAGUAGUGGUGGUUAACAACGCGGGGAAACUCCGGUUUACAUACACUGGUAAUACUUCUAGUACUACCUGGGGAUGUCCACGGGACAUCACCACAGACAGUCAGAGUCGCAUCUUAAUAGCAGACAGCAACAACUGCAUCCACAUUCUGGACCAGGACGGACAGUUCCUCCGCUACAUUGACAAUUGUCAAUUACAGACUCCAUGGGGUUUAUGUGUGGACUAUAUGGACAACCUCUUUGUGGCCGAGCUAUUCACAGGCAAAGUGAAGAAAAUACAAUAUUACAAAUAAACAAUGUGUUUAUGUCAUCAUAGUUACUGUUGUGGUGAUGACAAAUGUGAAUAUUUUAUGAACCUAUAUAAGAUAUACUCUUGUAUAACAGAGAUAUAAACAAACUGAUGGUAUAUUCAUAUAACUGGUGUAAACAGACCGAUUGUUUUGUGUACAUGUUAUACAUGUAAAUAAAAUGAGUUU